AUGCACCUCGUCUCUACAGCAGUCUUUCCACCAAUCUCGGGGCGAUCUCAUAAGGGCCCUGUCACCCAAGUGCGAGCAUCGUUCAGUGCCGUUCAUACGCUCUUCCUGCGAUUCUUCUUUCUUCUUCUGUUGAUUCUUCAGCUCCAGGACGUCCGAUCGCCGUGCCUCUCUCCCCCACGCCCAGUCCUGUCCGACUAUGAAAGCGACUCCAGCUCAUGCUUGCCCCUGAUAUUCUCGAACAACGCCUCCGACAACGACUUCUCCGCCACGCCUAGCGACCCCGAAUCUAGCAGCGAAUCCGAGUCCGAGUCGGAGGAGGAGUCUCAGGAUGAACUGGGCCUUGACAAUGAAGAUGAACAACUCUCCCCGGAGUACUUUCUCCAGGAGGCCGAGUCUCUGGAUGUUUCUCAGCUCCGGCAGAAGCGCUACAGCCCAAAAACGCAAAUGAGAUUGGAUGAGACGCAGGAUCUGUGGGAAGAGUUCUGCAAAGGUGCAAAGCGCGAUCCAGCUGAAUGUCUAUCCCAACUCUCUGAUACCGAAAAGACGGUGCGCUUCCUGAAGGCCUUCUUCUCGUGGCGCUGCAGGCGGCGACGGGGGAAAAAUGGUCGUCGCAACCCAGGAUUGAAGAACAAAUCCUCGCUUGAAUCUUUAUGGAAAUGGUGGCAUCUGAUUUACAAGUCCGAGGUUGGACAUGAACUUAGCAAAGACAUUCAAGUGAAAAUCCGCGACGUGCUUGCGAUAGUGGCGAAAGAAGAAAAGCUUUCCCUCCAACCUCGACCGAAAGCGACCAUGUAUAUCGAAGAUGUGGCCGAAUUUGCGCGAGUAAUCCUGUCCACGACCGAGAUGACAUUUCCCUGUGGCUGGUACAGAAUACAACUUCUCCUCUUUUGCCAACUAGCUCCACAGCAGAGUACAUCGCCUUUGACGCAGUAA